AUGACAGAAAAAGUUAAAGCAAUUAUUACUGGUGCAACAGGUAUGGUUGGGGAGGAGGUAGUAGAAUCGUGUAUUUCAUCACCAGAUGUCGAAUCUAUUUUAUUGGUUAACCGUAGAGAAUCUGGUUUUAAGCACCCAAAGAUUAAAGAAAUUGUUCAUAAAGAUUUAUCAGAUUUAGAAUCAAUCGAAGAUGAAUUCAAGGGGUAUAAUUCAGUAUAUUAUUGCAUGGGAACAUCAUCAGUCGGUGUGGAUAAAGAUACAUAUUAUAAAAUAACUUAUGAUAUGCCUAUGGCCAUGGUUAAUUCAUUCGCAAAAGUUAAUAAUGCAAAAUCUAAAAGUGAUAAUAAUUUAACAUUUGUUUAUGUAACUGGAAAUGGUACAAAUAUCAAUGGUUGGCAAAAUUGGCAAAAAGUAAAGGGAAAAACCGAAGCUGAUAUUAUCAAAUCUCCAAUCAAAAAUGGUUAUGCUUUCAGACCAGGUUUCAUGAAACCAACUCCAGGUUUAAGAUAUACUAGUAGUUAUUAUAAAUAUAUUGGCUGGAUGUAUGGUAUCGGACGUGCUAUAAGCUCCAAUGGUUUCAUCACUCUUAAAGAGCUUGGUUCCGCUAUGAUCAAUGCUUCCACAAAAGGUUAUAGUAAAAAUAUUCUUGAAGGUUCAGAUAUUGUAAAAUUAGCAAAUAAAUUGUAA